CUAUGAGACAAAUUCUAUCUUUUACUCAAAAUCUUUUCAUAGUAGUGCCUCUGUUAUUGUUUUCAACCUGUCGAGUACUUACUUCCGCGUUACAAUCAGGUUUAGGUCCACCUAGAUCUGAGUUCAUGGAAAAUUUGCUGGACAAAACUUCAGAAAAAAAUUACUGCUCUGUGAGUGAGCGAUCCCUGUCUGGAAUUAUCAGUGAUGCUUGUUGUGGUUAUAAGACAGUAGAAAAGAUAAAUGAUGAAUUAUUUCCACAAUUACAAGAAUUACUCAAUCUUUAUAAAGAAUGUCCAUUUUGGACAGAAUAUGGUCAAUGUGUAAAUCAAGCAUGUGCGGUAGAGACUAUUGAUGAGACUGAUGUCCCAGAAAUGUGGCGCAGCGAUGUUCUUGGUGCUCUACGAACGUCACCUGCUGGACCACUUUUUCAACCUUAUAAAAAAUGUGAAUUCAAAGAACAAGAUUUUUGUGUGGUGGAAGAUGAAGCAGACGUAGAGAGUGUAUUUGUCAAUCUUCUCGAAAAUCCUGAACGAUUUACAGGUUAUGCUGGAUCCUCCGCUGGACGCGUGUGGAAAGCCAUAUACGAAGAGAAUUGUUUUAACACUGCUCAAACAACCGACUCCUUAGGAGGUAAAAGCCUACCUUCUUCCCCUCUCAAAAAAAGUAAUUUAGCAGGGAUAUUUAAUAAGAUUGCAAAUCAGCCUGACGCAGUCGAUAGUGAUGUCUGUUUCGAAAAACGUGUAUACUAUCGGUUAAUAUCCGGUCUUCAUUCAUCUAUAUCUAUACAUAUUUGCAAUGAAUAUUUAAAUCAAACUACUGGCCAAUGG